UUCUGGCUUAUCUAUUCUGGUACGAUAAUUCAGGAUGUUCUAACAGCUGCUGAAUACUCCCACUGCUGCAGCUCUUUGCAUGAGCUGGACUGACACUGAAUGUUUUACAGACCCUAACCAGUGUGCCUCCAACCCCUGUCAGAAUGGUGGGAUUUGUGAUGACCAAUUUCAGGAUUAUGUUUGCCGCUGUCCCAUUGAAUACGAGGGCAAAAACUGUGAAAAAGCUGUGGCUGACAAACUGAAGUGCAUUUUUGACAACGGUGGCUGUGAACAGUACUGUACUGACAGGCAAUCCAAAACACGACUGUGCUUCUGUGAUGAUGAUUAUACUUUAGCAAGUGAUGGCGUGUCCUGCAUCCCUCAAGUGAAAUACCCAUGUGGAAAAAUACCAGUUCUGGCAAAAAAAAAUUCAACUGUACAUGGGAGAAUAGUAGGUGGUUUGAUCUGUCCUCCAGGUGAAUGUCCAUGGCAAGCCCUUAUAAUGCAGGAUGGGACAGAAAAGUGUGGUGGCACUCUGCUUUCCCCACAGUGGGUGGUCACUGCAGCUCACUGCUUGGAGCAUAUUCACCCUAAACAGCUUCGGGUGAGACUGGGUGAGCACAAAAUAAAUGUUGAUGAGAAAACCGAGCAAGAAAGCAAAGUCGCCAGGAUGAUCAUUCAUGAAGAAUACAGGAAUGGACAAGUCAAUAAUGAUAUUGCCCUCUUGAAACUGGAAACACCAGUGAAUCUCACUGACUAUGUGGUGCCAAUAUGUUUGCCUGAGAAGAGAUUUGCUGUGUUUGAACUGUCCACCAUCAAGUUCUCCACAGUAAGUGGAUGGGGACGACUAAUAGAUGGAGGUGCCACCUCUUCUGUUUUGAUGAGAGUUGAUUUGCCACGUGUAAAGACACAGGAAUGUGAAAAGGAGACCGAUUUAAAUAUUACAGAGAAUAUGUUUUGUGCAGGAGACCUGUCUGGGGUUAAGGACUCCUGCAAGGGGGACAGUGGUGGUCCUCAUGCUACAAAGUACAAGAACACUUGGUUUCUGACUGGGAUUGUCAGCUGGGGAAAAGGCUGUGCUGUUGAAGGCAGCUAUGGGGUUUACACAAGGGUAUCCAAAUACAUCGACUGGUUGAGGAAUCACAUGGACUAAUGAUGUUGAGCCACAGCAUUUCCAGGUCAUGUUAUUGCCCCCUAAUCCCUCUGUACUGUUUUCCAAUUGAAGAAUUCCUUCAUUAUCUUAGA